AUGGACGAAGUUGAGCUGCGGCUACUUAAUAAGCGUUGCUGCACACUAGCAAAUCAAUCUUAUAAAAAUUAUAUAAAGAAGACAGAAGAUAGUAUUAAGUCGAACCCUAAACUUUUUUGGUCAUUUAUUAAGGCAAAGAAGUACGGGAAAAGUAAUUAUCCUUGUACAAUGACUGAUGGUAUUAAGAAGUCAUCUAGUCCUAGGGAAAUCUGCGACUUAUUUGCGUCCUACUUUGGAGCUGUGUAUAAUUCUCAAGAUAACAUAAACUCAGACUUGAAUGUCAGCCAAUGGAAUUUGAUUUGCAAUUACAGCCUUGAACUAACUGCUCCCUACCUUAGCAAGGAUCAGAUACUGAAGAACAUGAAGUCCCUAGAUCUUAAUAAGGGCCCAGGAUCAGAUUGUUUCCCUCCUUUAUUUAUUAAGGCAUGUGCGGAUGAGCUAGUGACGCCUAUAUAUCUAAUUUUUAAGAAGUCUCUUCAAUCUGGCCUAUUUCCUGAUGUUUGGAAGUUCGCCAAAGUUGUUCCCAUUCACAAGGCCGAUAACGUCGAGGUGGUAGGUAAUUAUAGGCAUAUUUCUAUACUGUCAACUUUAAGUAAAAUAUUUGAAUCUCUUGUUUAUCCUGUGCUGCAGAACCACUUGAAUCAUUAUCUUACUGAGUGGCAGCACGGUUUUGUUAGAUUUAGGUCAACCUGUUCCAAUCUGACCUUGUUUACGGAAACUUUGGUAGAAGCAGUAGAUAACGGUAGGGAUGUUGAUGUAAUAUAUACAGACCUUAGUAAGGCAUUCGACAAAGUAAAUUGCGUACUGGCUCAUUAA